ACUCCCUUUGCCCAGCUAUACUCCUUAGCCAGCUUUCACACCAUCUUAUGCCACUGGUAAAUCUGCCUGGAGAUUACUGUUAUCACUCAUUACGCUGUACAAAUCUUCGUUGUUUUUAUUACCGUAUAACAAAGUUCUCUGGACAUAACGUCAGUACUUAAUUAGAAUUACGUAUUCGUCAGAAUUACGAAUCUGCUAAUAGCUAAGCAUUGUUUGAAACGUCGGCUGCUAACCCCGACCAGACCCACCCCUGCAGGUUUCACUUCCCUUUCCGUAUUCAUGCAUACACAAACGCGUGACUGAUAAUUAGGCGGGCGCAGCUCCAAAAUGGCUGUUUUGAGGCAGGUGUAUUUCGUGUUCCUCCUUUCUGGAGCACUAGUACUGUUGGCACAACCUCUCGCCACUGACGGCUCAACCUCAACUCCGGGACUGGUGACGCCAUCUUUAUCUCGGUCGAACUUGACCCCAACGUUAUCUCCAUCACCAUGGACACCACCAACACCGUCACUGGCGCCGUCUCCUGUGCUGACAACCACCCGGCUGUCAAGGUCACCACAGGUGACGAGCCAGGUGUCCAAUCUGAUGUUUUCCUCGCCGACAACGCUAUCCGCGAUGACGUCACCGCCAACUACAGCAACCACACCAACGCCGGCAUCAUCCGUGAUGAUGAAAGCACCGACCAUGACAGCAGGAUCCAAAACGAUUAUGUGGCCGUCUCCAUCAACAUCAUCCAUCUCUAUGGCAACGGCACCGAUCCCGGCAACCUCAAAGCUGAUGCCGUCCUCAGCAUCUCCAUCCUCCGUAAUGUCUACGAGCAGGCCAACUCCAACACUCCGCUGGUCAUCAGCAUCAUCCGUGAUGUCAUCAACACCGUCAUCGGCACUUCCCGGCCUGAUGCCAUCUGCAGCAACGCUACCCAGUAUGGCAGCAUCACCUGCCCAUCCGAAUGUGACGUCAUCGCCUCCAUCGGCAUCCGUAGCGAAGACCUCGGCACCAGCGAUGUUGAUGACGUCACCGCUGAUGGUGGCAUCGCCCUGUCAGACGACAUUGGCCUCAACUACAAUAAUGGCGACUACUCAGCCACACGUAACACCAACAAACAUGACGUGUACAUCAUUGGUCAUCCCCACACCCACAUUCAUCGUUGGAACACAGAGUUUGAAUCCGACCAAUCAGCUCUCAGCUACGAUCUCCAUGCAAACCACCUGGUCCCCACCAAUCGCAUGUAACGCCACAGCCAACAUGACUGACGGGAUGCCAGUUGCUCCAGGAACAAGCGUGGCAUCAGUAGUGGGGAUUGUGAUAGGGGCCGUGUUAGUGCUGGGUCUGGUGAUCAUGGUCAUUGUCGUGGUGACCAGAGCUGUGAAGAAAAGGCAGGCCGCCCCCGGUCGUGAAAUGUCUUACUUGUACCUACUGGAGAAUCUGGAAGAUGCAUCUACUUCUCUGUAGUUGCA